AUGGCCAGCAUCACCGAGCACGAUGUCUCCUAUGCAGACGGGGCAAAGAAGAUCCACUACCUCGCCGCCGGCCCAUCGUGCGGCCCUUUGAUCAUCUUUCUCCACGGCUGGCCGGCCAUCGCCCUGACAUGGAAACACCAGCUGCUGGCCUUUGCCUCGUUGGGCUUCCGUGCGAUCGCGCCAGACAUGCCCGGUUGGGGCAAAUCCAGCGCCCGCCGCGUCACAACCGACUACACCCAGGAGGCCCUCGUGGAGGGCAUGCUGGCCCUGCUCUCCGCCACCGGACGUUCCGAAGCCGUCUGGGUAGCACAUGACUGGGGCGCUGGAGUGGCAUCCUCGCUGUCGGCGCACCAUCCCGCCGCCGUCCAGGCGCUCGUACUCCUCUGCGUGCCGUACAAGUCACUCGAGCUGGGCCUGGACCACCUGGUCUCGUUCGUCGACCGCACCAUCUACCCGGCGGAUGAGUACCCCUAUGGCCAGUGGGACUACAUGGCCUACUAUGAAGAGGCAUUCGAAGAGUGCGUAAAGCAGCUCGAGGCCAACGUACCCGCCUUCUGCAAGUCCGUCUGGCCGCGCCCGCCGGAGCCCGACGGGUACGACGCCGCCGACGCGUUCAAGCCGGCCUUCUCAGCCAGCAUCCGCAAGAACCGUGGGCGAUUCGGCGGAAAACCUGCACCACCGGCUGACGGGCUCCGAGCACCGCUGAUGGAGGGCGAGGUGUUUGACGCCUUUGUGAAGGCGACGGAGGAGACAGGACUAUGGGGAGGAUGUGCGUACUACUCAAACCACAAGGUAAACGCGGCGUACAACGGCCAGGCGCCGGACGGGGGACGGCUGGGCAAGGACAAGCCAGUGCUGUUCGUCCACGCCAAGUUCGACUUCGUGUGCGCCACGCUCACAACCCGGCUGGCGGACCCGAUGCGUGAGGCCUGUGAGAACCUGACCGAGGUCACGAUCGAGGCGGGACAUAACGUGCACUUUGAGAAGCCCGAGGAGGUCAACGCCGUGGUGGCGAGGUUCCUUGUAGAGGAAGCCAAGGGGAUCUGGCCUGGGUAUGCGGACUUGGGAUAUCGCAAGGUGAAUGCUUAA